GCUACCAUAACAAACCAAGGCGAGACGAGCAAGAGCGGAGCAAAGAGGGUCUGUGGUAGGGGUGGGCCGAGAGCCGUGGCUCUGUGCCUUGUUGAAGAAGGACCACAGAGAGCCCUCCGGGGGUGAGGGGCACCAUGGCUGACCACCAUGUCCCGCCGUCUGCCCGCAGAGUCCAGUUUGAAGAACCGCAGGGUGAAGCCUGUGUUGCCAGGUCUGGCGCUGACUCACUCUGUAGUCGCCAUUCAACCCCGGUUCGGUUCAGAGACGCCGGGUCUGACCGUCCCGUCUGGUCUUUCGCUCCAAAGGCAGAGGCUGCAGACACAUGCGGUGUGAAUCCCGGCUCACUCUUCAGUCCCGAUCUUAAAGUUAAGUGCGCGGGCUGCGAUGCUAACACUACAUCUAUCGCUCCAAAGCCGGGCUCCAGAAGUUCCGUGUGUGAUAACAUGAAUGCAUCCCUCACUAAAAACUCACUGUGUGCCGAUCCCGCUCCAGUGGCUGACAUCUGUGAUAACCGCUGUUUUACUCCAGCGGCUCGUUUGGAUGCUGAGUUACGUGAUGAUUUCAACCCUUCUCGUGCUUUGUCACUCGAUUCUAAGAAUUCGAUAUGUCGUGAGCUAAAUUUAACCUCCGAAUGCCGAAGCACAAGUGACGGCCACACUCAGUCCGUUGCUCCAAAAAUUAAGGGAAAAAGGGAAAUGGGAGGUGAUAAUCCCAUUCCUGCAAACACUCGGAAGGCAGCGGAUGGAAAGAGUUUUCCCUGUGCGAAUCCUGGAAACCCUGUGUUUUCCUGCAUGGAAAAAAUCCCGACGUCGCCACAUUCCCCGACUCCAUUCGUGAAACCCCAGAAUCCGCUCUACAGAACCACGUCUGCCGACUAUGGAUCCAACGAACCGACCUGUGACAUUGCACCCUCCGUUUUCAAGCCGUUGUCACAGUCCUUCUCGGAAGUGCUCUGCACUACUGGGAUGUAUCGUAACCGCUCCCUGAAUACUGGGCUAGAUAAGAAGAGAGUUCACGACUUACUACAAAUGUGAUUUUGAGGCCUGUCGGAAAAAAUACUUUGUAAUUAUGUUUUGAAAAUAUUUUGAUAGUGAAGACAAGUGCUCAUCUUGAUCAAUUUUACCAGACAUUGUAAUGGCGUGUGUUUAAGUGUGUGUAAAUCCUGCGUGUAGUUUGCAAAUGAUUUAGUCAUUUUCUAUGUUUAUAUACAGUAUACCGGCCUUUAAUAUAAAUGGUUCAGACUUACACUACAUGUCAUUUAGUUUCCAUGUGCAUUCUCUCUGAACUUGACAUCCACAAAUGCAAAGGAAUAGAAUACAAGAGACUAUUCAACUCAGCGUCUCUUCAUCCUAAUACAGAUUUUGAGUCCUCCUGGGGCUGGAAGUGUUUCACAUUUUGGAGUUUUAAAAUUUUGGAAUAUAUAAUGAGAUAGCUUGAGGUCGCCAUCAUUUCCAAUUCUUGAUUUAUGUGCUAUCGUUAAACAGUCUUUGUCUUGCACUUGUUCAUCACACAUAUGGACUUAACAGUAAAAAUAAUUACAUACUGUUAAUAUAAUGCGUGCAGAGUAACAAAGGCAGCACAACAGCUUCAGGAGAAUAUCUGAAUCAAUUGUUAACAACAAUGGCAGGCUUUCAGACUCCAGCCACGAUGCCUUGUUUAGAUGAAGGGUUACAGUGCACUGUAUUUGCAUUUUACUUCUUUCAGGUUUUAUAAGAUUAAAAGAACAAUCAGCAUCCUAGACUUGUUCUGGAGUUAGAUUUUCAUCAGCAAAGAUCUUCACACUCAUCAAUUAAUUUCUCUGUUGCUUUGUGAUCAGCAGACACUUAAAAUUUUUUAGAAUCUUUAAAAAAUUAAUGCCGUAUUUCUUUUAUAUUGCAAUCAGCCCGCUGAAUAUUCUUAAUUACCUUCAAAUUUUAGUUUGUUGUGAUGAAUUUUUGCACAUUUCAUGGUCAGCCCACCAUUAAACAGCAUA